AUGGGUGGGCGAUGCCAGACACCAGCUGAAGCAACCGUCCUGAUUCACUUAGUCGCCAGCGUCAGCCGAAGGGCUGCUGGGGGUUUAAAGUGCAACACAACCGGAUUGGGUCAGAUCAACCACGCCCUCACCGAGGAGCUUUCUUUGUCGCGAGGAGCGAUCACCAUCUCAUCCGCUGGUAUCAGCUGUUGUUUGGAUGCCACCGUGGAGCUUCGUCGGCCGUGCACCUGCGCAAUGCCUUUGUCCCCAGGACAGCUCUUCCACUCCAAACUCGCCGUCGUUAUCGGCUUCUUCGUGAUUUGGGUAAGAUCUGACAACACUCCCAUCUGUCAAAUUGUGUCCAAUCGAGCGACAUACGUCAACUUGAUCCAUGUCGAAACCGCGACUCGGUGCGAUCAUGAUGAUCAAUGCAACCGAACAAAGAAAGCCAACAGUCUGCCAGGAAAACCACUGCCAGGAUGGGGAGGAAGGGUCUUUGCGCGCGCUGAGGAAUGCCAAGAAGUCGUCCGCGAUGCUGAGACGCACGUAAUUUCGAGUGUCCGUGACAAGGACAAGCAGGCCCGCGACUAG